AUGAACACCGUACAACAAUUUGGCAACUUAUGGGACUACGCAGCCAGCGUGCAUAAAAUGAAGCAGAAGGACCGCGAGAACAAUUGCGUCGAGAGCACCAUGUUUUUCAUCGGCAGUCGACAAGCUGGAAAGACCUCGAUCAUAUCGAAAUUCCUCGAACGCUCGGAUCAUCCGAAACCCUCAGUAGCUCUGGAAUACUCUUUUGGAAGACGAUCGAUUCUCGGGGCCGGAUCGGAUGUUUGCCAUAUCUACGAACUAGCCGGCGGGACAACAUUCAAGAAAAUGGUAUCGAUACCGAUAAAUUCACGUAGCGUGAUGUCUUUAGUUGUGAUCCUUGUUCUGGAUCUUUCGGCUCCAGAUGAGCUGUUCGUGACCAUGGAUUGUCUCCUGAGCGAGGUCAGGGAACGUCUUGCAUCUGUGAUGAGCUCGACAGAGAAGAGCGUCCCUGGAUUCGCCGCGACCGUGGAGUCUGGAGCUCGAGCUCGAAUCGGCGAACAACAUCCAGACCUCAAAGUUAUGGAUGUUUUCCCGGUCCCCCUACUCAUACUCGGUACCAAAUACGACAUAUUCCGAGAUUUCGAGCCUGAGCAUAAAAAAAUUGUGUGCCGUUGUUUGAGGUUCCUCGCUCAUUCUCACGGAGCUUCGCUCCAAUUUGUGAGUCAACACACCCCGGACGUGCUCGGUUCCAGAGUCCAAGCGAUCUUGAAAAAUGGCAGCGAAGGUCGAGAGAAACCCAACAUGGAUUAUAACACCGCGCUUAACAUUUCUUUCGGGGAAGAUUCGUUCGAAGAAAUCGAGAUAUUCGACGUUCCUAACAGAGCGUCACUGGACAUCGCCAGGAAAGCUUGUCGAGAGCUAAUGAAAAAAACCUUCGGAGAGAAGGACAUCGAUGUUCGCAGCGACGAUCCCGGGAGAGAUCCGAACUUCAAAGAGCACGACAUCGACGUGGUGCUUGCGCAGAAGCUUAAAGAGCUUGAGCUGGAGAAUAGCUCCAGGAAUAUCCUUCGAAACUCAGAUGUCGAUAUUUAG